AUGGGGGUUUUAAGCUUCUCUUUCUUUGUGUUUUGGGUGCUUGAGAUUGUUGCUGCACAAGUAGCCACAGACCCCAAUGAAGUGGAGGCUCUGAACAAGAUGAUAGAUAAGUGGAAUUUGAGAAUAAAGCUGAAUUUAACCAUUGAUCCCUGCACCCCAAAUGCCACUUGGGCUCCAGAAAAUGCCAACCCCCGGAUUGCUUGUGACUGUUCCAGCACUGUCUGCCAUAUCACCCACUUGAAGAUGUAUGCUUUGGACAUCUCUGGUGAAAUCCCCCAAGAACUUUUUGUGCUUAAUAAACUGAUAGACUUAAAUCUGGGUCAGAAUGUGUUAAGUGGUAAUAUCCCACCAGAAAUCGGACAAUUAUCGAAUAUGCAGUACUUGAACUUUGGCAUUAAUAAUCUCACUGGUCUGGUGCCUCCACAGCUUGGCAAUCUCACCAAAUUGCUUUCCUUAAGGUUUGGGUCAAACAAUUUCAAUGGUCCCUUGCCCCCCAAGCUUGGAAAUUUAACCUCAUUACAAGAGCUGUACAUAGAGAGCAGCAGAGUCAGUGGACCGAUUCCACCAGAACUUUCAUAUUUGAAAUCCCUCCAGAAAUUAUGGGCUUCUGAUAAUCUUUUUACUGGAAAGCUUCCUGAUUUCAUUGGAACUCUUACAGAUCUCAAGGACCUGAGAAUUCAAGGAGCAAUGCUUGAGGGCCCCAUUCCAAGCAGUUAUGGUGCGCUAACAAAACUGGAGGACUUGAGAAUAGGUGAUCUUAGUAAGGAAGAUUCUUCUCUUGACUUCCUGGAGAACUUGACAAGUUUGUCCAUAUUAUCAUUGAGAAACUGCCGUGUGGCUGGCCAACUUCCAGAUUACCUUAGCUACUCUGCUAACUUGAAAAUACUAGAUGUCUCCUUCAAUCUUCUUUCUGGAAACUCACCUCUAAAUUUUGCUAAAGUAGGACUAUCAAUGAAUGUUGUUGGAACUUCCAUCAAUGCCAACUUUUUACAGGAUGAGAAGGCCUCUGCAAUGUUGCAUUGCCUCCUAGGCAAUAAGAGUUGCUCUACAGAAGUUCCAGCCACUUCAUUCUCUAUCAAAUGUGGUGGGACCGAACAAGUAUCUGCAUCAGGCAUCAAGUUUGAUGAUGAUUCAGAAACACUAGGAGCUGCCUCAUUGUACACAAGCUCCAAUUCUCAAUGGGCAGUGAGCAAUACAGGAAGUUUCAUUUCAAACCCGAAUGGACCUCAAUCUAUUGCACACACAGAUUCUCAAAUUAUGGAGACACUCGAAUCAGAGCUCUAUAAAACAGCAAGGAUCUCACCUAGCUCAUUAAGGUAUUAUGGUCUUGGCCUGAAAAAUGGGAAUUAUAAAGUCGAGCUUCACUUCGCUGAGAUACAAAUCGAUGACUCUCAAUCUUGGAGAGGGCUUGGAAGGCGCUUAUUUGACGUUUACAUCCAGUUGCAUCUCCUUCUGGUUUGCAAGGGUGAAAGAGUUCUUCGGGAUUUCAACAUCCAAGAGGAAGCAGGUGGAUCCAAGAGAGCCUUGGUAAAGACAUUCGAGGCAAAUGUGACCAACACAAUCAUGGACAUUCAUUUCUUCUGGGCAGGGAGAGGCACUUGCUGCAUUCCAUCUCAAAGCACGUAUGGACCUUUAGUGUCAGCUAUCCAUGUCUCUAAAGGGUCUGAUGGUGUUGGUACCUCAAAGCGCGGCAAGAAACGAGUAGGACGACUUGUUGGAAUUGCAUUUGGAUCUGCAGCUGGGUUAAUGAUAAUCUCUUCCAUAUUCUACCUAUGGUGGAUAAAGGAAUCAUUAGAACAUAUGCGAGUUCAUACAGACUCACCAAGAAAAAGAUAG